AUGAACCAUAUUUUCAUAAUUCUUUUAUUAAAAUUUUCUCUAUGUUUUGUUCAAUCACAACAAUUUUCAGAGGAAAGUCCAUAUCUAACUAUUCGUUUAAUGGAUAUUAAGAUUCAUGAGUUGAAACCUGAUCUGAUAAAUAAAAUAGAAAAAGUGCUCGACUCUGAAUUGAAACAUACCGAUGAGAAAAAAAGUGUUACAUGUAAAUCAAUUUAUUUUGAACAAGACGUAAACUCUCCUACACAGGAUGGUCGUUUUCUUGAUUUGAGUAUUCGAGGCAUGUGCUUGGAUGAACAAGGCCAACAACAUAUUGUCGAUAAAGAUUUAAUGACUAAGGCUAUAAUACGAAAAAAAGAUCAAGUUAAUGCCAUAACUCAUGCGACUCUUUUUCGCAUUGGUAAUAUACAAUUGUAUACUCGUAAUCGAAAUCAACUUAAUGUAAUAAUUAUACCUGUAUCCAUUGGAUUUGUUUCAUUCUUAUUUAUUCUUACAUUUUCCUUACGUCAGAUGAGAGCUAAACAAAAACGUCUGCAUAUUAUAAUGGAAUUACAGAAGAGAAAAGGUGCUACCACCAAAAAAGCGCCUGUUAUACCUAAUAUUGAUCCACUUGCAAAUGAUAAACAACGUUUAUUGCAACUUGAUCCAACUGUUGUUGGCAAUGUUUCCAAUACAAUGGGUAGUCCAAAAGAAUUCACUAUGGAACAACAUUCAUCUCCAAUUCGUUUUAAUACCAAAACUGCUGCCGACAAUCGCUGCUAUCAAGGAACAUCAUCCCCACCAGUAGUACCAUCGAAAGAAAAUCGUGCAACAUAUGCGAAUCGUGAUAAUGAAACAUCAUUUCAAGCACAACGACCAUUAAAGUCUGGCCAUGAAAAUAUGCAUAUACAAUACGAAAAAGAACCACAUGCUUCAUCGAACCAUUCUCAGUAUCAAUAUGAGCCACAAUAUCCAGAUAUGAUCUCGAUGCAGGAACAAAAUCCACGAGUUGUCGUUCGAUCAAUACGAGAUGAUCCGAACUAUCCAACAUAUCAUCAACCACAGCAGUACGAAGAUACAUCACAAAAAUUUGUAUCGAUUCCAGUACAAGUAGAGCAAAGUUCCUCCUAUCAACGAUUUGUUUCACCACCUUAUCAUUCCGAUCCUUAUUAUCCGCAAACAAACUCCUAG